ACUUCUUCUCUGCGAGAUCUCGUUGGGACCCACAAUAACGUGAGUUACUUUGCCGUUUAGAUUGAAUCAGAACCGUCCGAUCUCAUCCUUGCAUCGUGAUCAAUCAACGGUCCAGAUCUAUCGACCGUUUAAAGAAACCCGUUUCCCCUUUUUAUUCGCUCUUCUCUCGCUCUUCUCUCAGGUAUUCAAAUUCAAAUGCUCUCCUGCGAAGAAGCCACAGCUUCCUCUUCUUCGUCUUCUUCUUCUUCUUCCUUUUUUCUCACUGUUUCAUGAUUCAUUCUUCAGAGUCUCUGUUUUCGAUUUUUUCUUUGAGUUGUCUCUGUUUGAUUCCAUUUUCUCCGAAGCUCGUUGUUGCUUCUCUCUCGUACAUCGAAGGGUUCACAGUUGCAGUGAACAAAAGAUGGUGAAAGCAGCAUGUUCUUCUCCGUCUUCUUCUCCGGUGACUAUCAUGGUUACCUCCGCAGGAAAAGCAACCGGAGACAGAAGCAUCGGCUUGACGAGUCCCAUCCCACGCGCCUCUUUCUCCAACAACCCCAAUUCACCUAUCAGUUCCAGAGGCCCACACGCCUCCCUGAGCGGCGGAACCAGGAGAUCGAGUGGUGGAGGAAGGUACUGUUCCAUGUCGGCGGUGGAAGAUCCGACGGCUGAUGCUAGCUCUGAAUUCGUGAGCUACACGGUUCAUAUUCCAGCGACCCCUGAUCGCCAAACAGUCUUUGCUUCCCAGGAAAGUAUGCCUGAAGAAGAUGAAGAUGACGAGAUGAAAGAAGGGAAUGUACAUAACAGAAGCUUCAUCUCAGGUACGAUUUUCACUGGCGGUUUCAAUUCGGUGACUCGUGGGCAUGUCAUUGAUUGCUCAAUGGGUCAGACCGAUACCGUUAAGAAACCGGGUCUGUUCUGCUGGAUGAAGGGCUGUGAUGAGAAGGCAGUUCAAGGGAGGUGUGAGUGUGGCUUCAAGAUCUGCAGAGACUGUUACAUGGACUGUAUCACGAGCGGUGGAGGACAUUGUCCGGGAUGCAAAGAGCCGUACAAGGACAUCAAUGAUGAAGAUGAUGAUGAUGAAGAAGAGGAGGAUGAAGAUGAAGCUAAGCCACUUCCUCAGAUGCCAGAUUCAAAGCUCGACAAGAGAAUUUCGCUUGUGAGGUCGUUCAAGGCGCAGAACCAACCUCCAGAUUUCGAUCAUACACGGUGGUUGUUUGAGACCAAAGGGACUUAUGGGUAUGGAAAUGCUGUUUGGCCGAAAGAUGGGUUCGAUGUCGGAUCGGGAGCUAAUGGAAAUGGGUAUGAACACCCUCCAGAUUUCGGGGAGAGAAGUAAGAGACCUCUAACCAGAAAAGUCAGUGUCUCUGCAGCAAUUCUCAGCCCUUACAGGUUACUCAUAGCUAUGCGGCUGGUAGCUCUUGGUAUGUUCCUCACAUGGCGGAUUCGCCAUCCAAACAGAGAAGCGAUGUGGUUGUGGGGAAUGUCGACAACCUGCGAGCUUUGGUUUGCCUUCUCAUGGCUGCUUGACCAGCUUCCCAAGCUCUGUCCGGUUAACAGAAUCACUGAUCUAACGGUUCUGAAAGAACGCUUCGAGUCACCCAACCUGAGGAACCCCAAGGGAAGGUCUGAUCUUCCAGGUGUCGACGUGUUUGUCUCGACUGCAGACCCAGAGAAAGAACCUCCUCUGGUCACUGCCAACACAAUUCUCUCAAUCCUAGCCGUUGAUUACCCUGUGGAGAAACUUGCCUGCUACUUAUCGGACGAUGGAGGGGCUCUGCUAACAUUCGAGGCCUUAGCUGAAACGGCUAGCUUUGCUAGGACUUGGGUACCCUUUUGCCGGAAGCACAACAUAGAGCCAAGGAAUCCCGAGAGCUACUUCGGGCAGAAACGGAAUUUUCUCAAGAACAAAGUGAGGCUAGACUUUGUGAGAGAGAGAAGGAGAGUGAAGAGAGAAUAUGACGAGUUUAAGGUGAGAAUAAACUCGUUGCCAGAGUCGAUAAGGCGAAGGUCUGAUGCUUAUAAUGCACAUGAAGAGUUGAGAGCCAAGAAGAAACAGAUGGAAAUGGGAGGGAAUCCAGCAGAACCUCUUAAAGUGCCAAAGGCCACUUGGAUGUCAGAUGGAUCUCACUGGCCCGGAACUUGGGCUUCCGGAGAAAGCGAUCAUUCCCGAGGAGACCAUGCCGGAAUAAUCCAGGCGAUGUUGGCCCCACCAAACGCAGAACCAGUUUAUGGAGCAGAAGCUGAUUCUGAAAACUUAGUCGACACAACUGAAGUUGACAUCAGACUGCCAAUGCUCGUUUAUGUCUCUAGAGAGAAGAGACCUGGUUAUGAUCACAACAAGAAAGCAGGGGCCAUGAACGCUUUAGUUCGAACCAGUGCCAUUAUGUCAAAUGGACCAUUCAUCCUCAAUCUUGACUGCGACCAUUAUAUCUACAACUCCGUGGCUUUAAGGGAAGGGAUGUGCUUUAUGCUUGACCGAGGUGGCGAUAGAAUCUGUUACGUCCAGUUUCCACAGAGGUUUGAAGGUAUCGACCCGAAUGACCGUUAUGCAAACCAUAACACAGUGUUCUUUGAUGUCAGUAUGAGAGCCCUUGACGGGUUACAAGGUCCGAUGUAUGUUGGGACUGGCUGUAUUUUCCGCAGAACGGCUCUUUACGGGUUUAGCCCACCGAGGGCGACCGAACACCAUGGCUGGUUCGGAAGAAAAAAGGUCAAACUGUCUCUGAGGAAGCCAAAGGCUGUGAAGAAAGACGAUGAGGUAGCCCUACCGAUAAAUGGAGAAUUCAACGAGGAAGACGAUGAUGGAGAUAUCGAGUCUUUGCUUCUCCCAAAAAGAUUUGGUAACUCUAACUCCUUCGUUGCUUCUAUUCCAGUUGCCGAAUACCAGGGCAGGCUUCUACAGGACUUGCAAGGCAAGGGCAAGAACAGCAGGCCUGCUGGAUCUCUUGCUGUUCCACGUGAACCACUUGAUGCUGCCACUGUCGCUGAAGCAAUCAGCGUGAUUUCCUGCUUCUACGAGGAUAAAACCGAGUGGGGCAAAAGGGUUGGAUGGAUAUACGGAUCUGUAACAGAAGAUGUCGUCACGGGCUACCGUAUGCACAACAGAGGUUGGAGAUCUAUCUACUGUGUCACGAAAAGGGACGCAUUUCGUGGAACUGCUCCAAUCAAUUUGACAGAUAGAUUACACCAGGUUCUCAGGUGGGCAACAGGGUCUGUGGAGAUCUUCUUCUCGAGGAACAAUGCGUUGUUUGCAAGCCCGAGGAUGAAGUUCUUGCAAAGAGUGGCCUACUUCAAUGUUGGAAUGUACCCUUUCACCUCCCUUUUCCUCAUCAUCUACUGCAUCCUCCCGGCAGUAUCCCUCUUCUCGGGCCAUUUCAUUGUCCAAUCACUCGAUAUCACAUUCUUGAUCUUCCUGUUGGCCAUAACCCUCACGCUGUGCUUGUUGGCCCUCCUUGAGAUCAAAUGGUCAGGCAUAACACUCCAUGAAUGGUGGAGAAACGAGCAGUUCUGGUUGAUUGGAGGAACAAGUGCACACCCUGCAGCUGUUCUUCAGGGCCUUCUGAAAGUGAUAGCCGGAGUUGACAUCUCAUUCACCUUGACAUCCAAAUCAGCCACGCCGGAAGAUGGAGAGGAUGAAUUUGCAGAUCUAUACGUGGUGAAAUGGAGCUUCUUAAUGAUACCACCCAUCACAAUCGUGAUGGUGAAUCUGAUAGCCAUUGCAGUUGGACUGGCCAGGACACUUUACAGUCCAUUUCCGCAGUGGAGCAAGCUUGUCGGAGGAGUGUUCUUCAGUUUCUGGGUUCUUUGUCAUCUCUAUCCGUUUGCCAAGGGAUUGAUGGGAAGAAGAGGUAAAGUGCCGACAAUUGUGUUUGUGUGGUCGGGUUUGUUGUCGAUUAUCGUUUCUUUGCUUUGGGUUUAUAUUAACCCUCCAUCGGGUAGACAGGACUACAUGCGGUUUCAGUUCCCCUAGGAAGGUAGGGUUAGGACUGUUUGCUUGUGACCCAAGUCAAAGGGCAUGAGAAGCUUCUUCUCGGCUUCAAGAUUGUGUAGCUUGUGAUUCCUUUUCUUGAACUUGCAAUUGAAUUCUCUCUC